AUGACAGGACCUCCCACCAGUUGGCUACAGAAUCUUGGCUUUGCCAUUGAGAUUGCCUGCCCUACUCUUGCACUCAUUACAACAAUUUCGCGGCUCUAUAUCAGAGUCGAUACGAAAACUCUCGGCUGGGAUGACGCCUGCUUGUGUGCCGCGAUGGCUCUCUCUAUCUCCCUAGCAAUCGGAUCUGUUAUAUGUAUGAAGGAGCUCUACAUCGAUAUUCACUACUGGGACGUUCCUCUGCCCAUGAACCCAACGACUGGCAUGAUCUGGAUCUACAUUGUCGGCGCCGUCUACAACCCGAUUCUUGCACUGGUCAAACAGUCUGUCCUCAUUUUCCUGCUUCGCUUUUCCGGUUUCAAAGAUGUAGUGAGAUACAUCGUCUGGGGAACAGCUGCAUUCAACCUUGCGCUCAUGAUCGCUACCUUUGUUACUGUCAUCUUCCAAUGCAUGCCCAUUGAGAAGAACUGGAAACCGACCUUGGCAGGGAGUUGUAUCCAACAAUUCUCUUUCGGAAUAUCCACGGCGUGUUUGACUAUUCUAACAGACCUUGUCACUGUUGGUCUGCCAUUCUACAUCUUCCUGGGCCUCAAGAUGCAGAAGAAGAGGAAGAUCGGGCUCAUGAUUGUCUUCAUGCUCGGUAUUAUCGUCACCGGCGUGAGCGUCAUUCGUCUCUACUUCCUUGCCAAGAACUUCACCGACAAGAGUCUAGAUGCGAACUUCUCCCUUGGCUUUUGCGUUUCCUCCAUUGAGUGUAACCUAGCCAUCACUACAGCAUCAGCACCCGCGCUAUGGCCUCUCAUCCGACGAUGGAUGCCUCAGCUGAAGUCUUCCAAAGACCAAGGCUAUUACAAUCAAAAGUACCACACUAGUCAGCAAGGAUGGAUUAGGACGGGUGAUGGCCACGAAGGAGCGUCUUCAGCUGCCAACGGUGACAUUAGUCUGAGAGGCAUCAACACCAGACAUGCCAAGACCGAAGUUCGUUCCAAUGCAUCUUUUGCUCAAGACUCGGACGAGGAGUUGAUGAAAGGUAUGGGAAUCAUGCGAACAACCAACUUCGAGGUCACACGCGAUGAUCAUGGUUCCUGUAUUGUGGGUUAA